GCUCGUGAAUAAUGUUUUGCAUGGACUCCUCCACCUGCAUCGUAAAGUAAAGGGCGUUCCCGUUAGCGCCACAGCGGCUCACAGCAAACCAAUGUGAGCCGCUGACAUUUAACCAAAGCCGCCGCCCCCUUUUCUCCUCUCGGUCUUUACCGUUUCCCAUCUUUUUUGGAGUGACUGCGACAGCUGCCAAUGUUUAGCUAAUCUUGUGGACGUUGGGACAAAACCGAAGGCAUGCCGUUGGCCCGCAGCCUGUCCGUCACGUCCCUGUCAGGACUUGAAGAGUGGGACGAAGAGUUUGAUUUGGAGGAUGCUGUUCUUUUCGAAAUAGCUUGGGAGGUCGCAAAUAAAGUUGGAGGUAUCUACACCGUCAUCCAGACCAAAGCCCGUCUGACCGCGGAGGAAUGGGGGGAGAACUAUUUCCUCGUGGGGCCCUAUGUGGAGAGCAACGUGCGCACUCAGGUGGAGCUGAUCGAACCCACCAACCCGGUGCUAAAACGCACCAUUGACCAAAUGAACGCCAGUGGGUGUAAGAUUUACUUUGGCCGCUGGCUCAUUGAAGGGAGUCCUUAUGUGGUUCUGAUCGACGUCGGCUUCACCGCCUGGUCUCUGGACCGCUGGAAGAGGGAGCUGUGGGAGCACUGUGGCAUCGGCGUGCCGUGGUUCGACCGUGAGGCCAACGAUGCUGUGCUGUUUGGCUUCCUGACUGCGUGGCUUCUGGGAGAGUACGCAGCUCAGAGCGAAGAGUCUCCACACAUCGUGGCCCAUUUCCACGAGUGGCUGGCUGGACUCGGCCUGGUACUGUGUCGACAGAGACAGCUCCCCAUUGCUACUAUAUUCACCACUCAUGCUACGCUGCUGGGACGCUACCUUUGUGCUGGAAGCGUGGACUUUUACAACAACCUUGCUCAGUUCAACGUGGACAAGGAAGCUGGUGAUCGACAGAUCUACCAUCGGUACUGUUUGGAACGGGCGGCUGCUCACUGCACUCACGUUUUCACCACAGUGUCACAGAUUACAGCUAUUGAGGCGGAGCACCUGCUCAAGAGGAAACCAGACAUCAUCACUCCCAAUGGACUCAAUGUGAAGAAGUUCUCUGCUAUGCACGAGUUUCAAAACCUCCACGCCCAGAGCAAGAGCCGCAUCCAGGAGUUUGUCAGGGGACACUUCUAUGGGCACCUCGACUUCAACUUGGACAAGUGUUUGUUCCUCUUCAUAGCUGGGAGGUACGAGUUCUCCAACAAAGGAGCCGACGUCUUCUUGGAGGCUUUAGCCAGACUCAACUAUCUCCUGAGAGUCAACCACAGCGACGUGACUGUUAUAGCGUUCUUCAUCAUGCCAGCUCGCACAAACAACUUCAACGUGGAGACCUUGAAGGGCCAAGCUGUCCGAAAGCAGCUCUGGGAUACAGCUCAGACUGUGAAGGAACGCUUUGGAAAGAAGCUUUAUGAGUCACUUCUAGUUGGGCAGUUGCCAGAUGUCUCCAAGAUGCUGGACAAAGAGGACUUCACCAUAAUGAAGCGUGCCAUCUUUGCGACUCAGAGGCAGUCCCAGCCUCCAGUUUGUACCCACAACAUGCUGGAGGACAGCAGCGACCCCAUCCUCAGCUGUGUCCGCCGCAUCGGCCUUUUCAACAGCUCCUCUGACCGAGUCAAGAUUAUCUUCCAUCCAGAGUUCCUUUCAUCUACCUCUCCUCUGCUUCCCAUGGAUUAUGAGGAGUUUGUCCGAGGUUGCCACCUUGGCGUCUUUCCUUCUUACUAUGAGCCUUGGGGCUACACACCAGCUGAGUGCACAGUCAUGGGAAUUCCUUCAAUCUCCACCAACCUCUCAGGUUUUGGAUGUUUCAUGGAGGAACACAUAGCAGACCCUUCGGCAUAUGGUAUUUACAUCCUUGAUCGCCGUUACAAGGGGGUUGAUGAGUCAUGCAACCAGCUCACCUCCUUCCUGUUCCAGUUCUGCAAGCAGAGCCGGCGCCAGCGGAUCAUCCAGAGAAAUCGCACGGAGCGCCUCAGUGACCUCCUGGAUUGGAGAUACCUUGGCAGGUUUUACAUAGCUGCUCGUCACAUGGCCCUGGCUAAAGCCUUCCCUGACACCUUCAUAUAUGAGCCCGAAGAGACCGCCUCGACUGCAGGUUUCCGUUACCCCCGACCUGCCUCUGUGCCGCCAUCUCCAGCCCUGUCCCGUCACUCCUCCCCGCACCACAGUGAGGCCGAAGACAACGAGGAGGACGAGCGUUACGACGAGGAACUGGAGGCCGAAAAGGAUCGAGUGAACAUCCGCCAGCCCUACACGAUGCCAGUGAAAAACAAAGUGUCAGCUGUCCUGGGAGCCAACGGAGAUGGAGAGGGAGAUGUGAACGGAGAUGAGAACGGAGAUGGUGACGAAGUGACCAGCGAGAAAAACUGAGGAGCGUACAUGUAGGAUACAUGCUGAACCACACUAGUGAAACAUUGUUUGUUGCCAUCGUUAGUCAUCCUCGCAUUACAAACGUUAUAAAUGAGUGCAGCUGUGGUAGUGUUUAAGUGUGUGUGAUGAAUUUAGCUGUGGCUUUUUGUGGGGAAAGGAAAUUGCAUCACUGUCAGCGUCUUCCUGCCCAGUUUGUACCUCAGAACCUCUAAAACCAUCAGCCAGUUUGAUCAGUUUUGGUAUCGUUUCAUUUCUACACCAGCAGAAAAAGGCACAGUGCAGAGAACUAGGACAGCUCAGUGUUGUGUUGCUGGUUUUGUUAGUGUACCAAUACUGAAUAAUUUAUGUCUAAAAUGUUGAGAGAAAACAGCAGAGAAAGGUUUUGUACGUGAUUCAGACAUUAGUCCAAGCAGGGAAAACCUUUCCUUCAUUUUACCUACAUCACAUGUUCUCAGAAAAAACCUCGUGGCUUUGUCUCAAAUGCCUCGUUUACUUCAAAACGCCCUAGAAUGGAAAUGAAAUGCGGGUGACGCGCAUGCACAUUAAGGAGCAGCUCAAAAAGUCUUGUUAAAAGCUUUUACUUUGAAGUUGUGUGUUUUCCAUUUCAUUUCUUUGCCUUAUUGUAUCAGUUUCUUCGACGCUGAGCAACUUGAAACACCUUUCACCUGUCGAUUUGCACGCUUGUUUGGCUUAUCCUCCAUUUUCCCAUUUUCAGGAAGUAUUUAUUAGUGGAAGAUGGAAAGAUGAGUGUGAGGGAAAAAAUGGAAUAACAGAACAGAGAUUUAUGAUGUUGGUUGAAUUUUCCAACAGAAGAUGGAAGAGAUUUAGAAGCGAGUUAGGGUUCGUCAUGAAUGAGUUGUGUUGGAAUAGACUAACUGGUUUUACCAGGUGAAUUGCUGUCACCCCACUGUAAGAGUUGUUUGUUCCAAUGCUGUAUCAGAUGAACUUCUAAUAAAAGCUAAAAUAUACGAA